AUGAUUCUGCCUAUGGCUGAAAGUUCUGAGACGGUUCUCUCUUCUAUUCUCGCUAUUGCUGCUCAUGAUCUGGCAUCUGAGUAUCACCCAAACGAUGUUGGGUCUCAAACAUACCACCAGAUGUCAAAAGCCUAUCAAAAUAAAUCUCUGACUCUUCUCGCAAAGGAGUUGAACAUUCUUUCCUCGUCGUCCGUCUUCCGGUCGGAUGUGAGUACAUCAUCUGCGUUCACUCUUGCAUCCGUGAUCAUUCUUUGCAACAAUGAAUUCAUGCAACCGCAGGGAGCCGGAUGGCGGGUCCAUCUCGCAGCUGCAAGAGAGGUCAUCAUGGCAGCAAAAAGCAGAUCACACACUUACAAACCAUUGGCCAGUAUUGAAGAGUUUCUCAUGAUUGAAUUCUACGAAGCGUCAGUUUGGUCCAAUCUCACGACUUUCGAUGACUCGAAUGAAGAUAUCAAGCCGUUUCCCCAUAGCAACGAAAAUGCAGUCUUCACCGAUUUUGUCCGUGUCAUCGAUGAAAUCACUCAAAUAGAGCGUCUUAGGUUUCGGUCGCGGUCACAAAGUUUGCCUUAUCAUUUCGGGCCAACGCCGGCUAUCAUCUUGCAAAUCAACUCUGCUCGAGAUAGCAUGAUCCAUCUUGCUGAAACUAUCAACUUUCAGGACGAAGAAGACAGAAGAACUUUUAAGUUGGUGGUACUAAUGUACUACCACGCAACUCUCAUCUACAGCUGUCAAGCCCUAGGGGAACCACCCACCCAAGACUUCGAUGCCCACAGUUCUCGCAACGAGAUUCUCAAAUAUUUGCAAUCGCUUUCCGGGAUGCGGAUUGAUCUCUUUGCUCAAGAUCUUGUUUGGCCACUGUUCAUGGCAGGAACCGAACUUCGAGGCAACCCAGAAAUACAUCACCUCAUUCGUGCCGGCUUUCGUUUGGUAAUGCAAUUCAGCCGCACUUUGGACAGAGCACGCGUCCUCUCAUUCCUGGAGUCUUGGUGGAAUGCCCCUGUGUCCUACGUGUCUUGGAUUGACAUGGCGCGAUCGCAAUAUCGGGCUUCACAUUGUGAUUUUCUCUUGGUUUGA